GAUUCCAGGAAAGAGCAUGGAGUAACAUUCAUCAUUGCAUAAAAAUAGGUUUCUUUAAAUGAUUUUUUUUUCUCUUUUUUUUUUUGUUGGAAAGGGGAGAAAUCAUAAUUUACCAUUUAUUAUUUCAUGAAAAUGGUUUAUAAAACGUUGUUCUGUUUAUUUAUUAUUAUUUUUGUUUUUGUGGGUAAAAUAGAUGUAUAGAGAAGUUUGAAACAAAUUUCAAUUAAUUGUUUUAAGAAAAAAAAUCUAACACGACAAUGAAAAAUAACUUAUAUCGAUUAUUGCCCAUUCUCACUCAGACCCUACGUAAAAUCGCCAAUAUCUUUUUAGCACACCUAUAAACCUAGACUUAUUAUUUUUAUUUUCUAUAGUUAACACUUUUAAUCCUAAUAAAAAAAGGGACUCACUAAUCCCUCAACCAAAAACUUUGUUGUCACAAUUAAUAGCCCAUUAUCAUCAUCAUUACUAUAAAAAAUAAAUAAAAAAUGAAAAAAUAUUCCCACGUUUUUCAGUUAGUCUAAAAGUUGAUUGAUUGGCCUAUAAAAAACCAAGCAGCCAAUAACAAUUCAAAUGACCCUAGUAUGUGCUUAUGUGGGACCCACCCUCUUUCCAAUUUCCAUCUUAUUACCAACAUUCAAAAGUCACCCCACUCCAACCAAUCUUGAAUUGAGCACCCUUCUGUCUCUAAAUGGCUAAACUCUAAAAUAUGCUAAACUCCAUUGUUAGCUACUUCUCUUCCAUCUCUCUUUCCGUCUUUUACCUCUUAUUAUACCAUUAAAUUUCUAAUAAUAACACCUUCAUUUCCUUUAUUUUUCUAUUGAUUUUUUUUUUUUUUUUUUUUAAUUUUUUGAAAAAAAUGGGAAGUGGGCAAUCUGGGCUGAGGUCCACUGUACCAAGGAGAAUUGGGCUGGGUGAUAUGCCGGAAAGUUGUGUGGCGGUGAUAUUGGGCCAGUUAAGCCCACCUGAGAUUUGCAGGCUUUCGGAGGUCAAUUGGGCUUUUUACGAAGCUUCAUUAUCGGAUUAUGUUUGGGAGACUAAGUUACCUUCGACUUAUGAGUUUCUUGUUCGGAAACUGUUUGAUGAAAGUCCUAAGAGAUUUAGUAAGAGAGAGAUUUUCUCUCGACUUUCUCGCUCUGUCAGAUUUGAUGCUGGAACUAAGGAGAUAUGGUUGGAGAAAAAUAGUGGGAAGAUGUGCAUGGCGAUUUCAUGGAGAGGAAUGACGAUCACAGGAAUAGAUGAUCGUAGAUAUUGGAGUCAUAUUUCGACUCAUGAAUCCAGAUUCCAAGCGAUUGCAUACCUAAAGCAAGUUUGGUGGUUGGAGGUGGGAGGGGAACUGGAGUUCAAUUUCCCUGCUGGUACAUACAGCCUGUUUUUCAGACUUCAGUUAGGCAAACCCUCCAAAAGAUUUGGUCGGCGAAUUUGCAACACAGAGGGAGUGCAUGGUUGGGACAGAAAGCCAGUUAGGUUUAAAUUGUCAGCCUCGAAUGGCCAGCAUGCCGUCUCCCAGUGUUACUUAAAGCCAGCUGGGAACUGGCUUAACUACCAUGCUGGGGAUUUCACAGUUGAGAAUCACCACACUCCUAUGAAGAUCAAGUUCUCCUUGGCUCAAAUUGAUUGUACACACACCAAAGGGGGGCUUUGCUUGGACUCUGUAGUUAUAUAUCCCAGUGAAUUAGCAGACCGUAUGCAGCAGUCUCAGCUUUUAUAGUUCACUCGUAGUCUAAGGCCGGAGGUUUUGUAGAUAGUAGAAAUCUGUUGGAAACUGGGAGUGAUAGAACUAUUCAUUUGUUUGUUAUGUCAUAUGUUAUGCUAUAGGUUUAUAGCUUAAUAUUAUUUUUUGCAGUAUUACAGAUGAAUUAGUGAUGUGGGCUUGCUGAUGUAAUGUAAUACUAUGUAAAAUUCUAUAUUGAACAUUCAAAAGAAAAGGGUUGAAUGAUUUGUUGUACAUGAGCAGACCUGUAGUUUCCUCCCUUCAAUUUCCUGGAACAUAGAUCAAAAUAGAAAA